UGAAAAGGGCCAUUUUGUUUGUGCAAGUUAUGGACGUGUUUCACUUGUAUUCUGCUUAUCCUACGAUGGUUUUCACAGGAAAAGUGACCAAAUGUUUCAUUUAACAACGUCGCUUGAGAAUGUCAGCAUUCGCUGUACCCGUGCGCCGGAAGGCCGUUGUGAGCGGACUGGGGCGGCUCGGGUGGCAGGUGAUGAUGAGGGGGAGGGGCGGCAGUACACCAGCGGUCCUUCUCCAUUCACGUACAGUGUUUUCAUCGGCAGUACUGCUACAACAUCAACCAGGAGGCUUUACUCACGUUCACCGGAGCAGCCUCGCCAAGCUGACGCCGCAACAGGCCACCAAUGUUCUGAGAGCCAACGAUGCUUCCUUCGUCAUGGACUUCGACAGUCCUGUUCAUCGCUUUGACAGCAAUCAGCUGGCUUCCAACAGCCCCAUAGAGGACAGGCGUGCAGCCGGCAGGUGUCUGUACUCUGGGGACAUGCUUUUUGGUGUGUUUGAUGGCCAUGGCGGCAGCGCCUGUGCACAGACUGUGAGUGAGAGACUUCUAGACUACAUAGCUGUCUCCCUCAUGGACUACAAACAACUAUGUGAUUACAAGUCAUCCAUGGAGUCUUCAACAGGGAGAGCAGAUGCUGUGAGGCGGUUUAACUUCGCCAAUGACUAUUCGUCACAGGAAGGGAGCAGGCGUUACACAGAUGCACUGUACAAAUUUGCACGGGAGGUCCUGGCAGCCUAUGAUGAAGAGGCAGAGGCAGCAGACUGUUUAAGACAUGCAUUUGAAAGGCUGGACGAGGACAUUUCUUCUGAAGCACAAACAAAGUUGCCAAAUGGGCAAGUCAACUUUGAAGCCUUACAGGCGGCAUAUGCAGGUGCAACUACAGUGGUUGCCUAUGUACAUGGAGCUGACUUGUACAUAGCCAAUGUUGGGGACAGCGGAGCUGUGAUAGGGGUACAUAAUGAGGAUGGCACCUGGGAACCAAGACCACUAUCCUCUGACCACAAUGCUCUCAACCCGUCAGAAAUACUUAGGAUAAGAUCAGAGCAUCCAAGAAGUGAGUCAACAUUUGUGGUCAAAGGUGGCCGAUUGUUGGGGUACCUACAGCCUCUAAGGGCAUUUGGUGAUGUUAAGUUUAAGUGGAAUAAGAGGUUACAGAAGGAAGUGCUCAACACUGCUUACAAUAAGAACCUAAUACCUGUGAACUACUAUACUCCCCCAUAUCUAACUGCCAUGCCAGAGAUCACACAUCAUAGGCUAACUAGCAAUGACAAGUUUCUGAUCCUGGCCAGUGAUGGUCUCUGGGAACCCAUGAUGAAGCAUACGGCUGUCAGGCUUGUAGCAGAGCAUCUCAUGGGAAACCAUAAGGGUAGACUUCACUUUGAUGACGGCAUCAAAACGUUGGGGGACAUCAGCAACAUUCUGAAGAAGAGACGAGCUAGUCACUCUGCUGAAGUGAUGGACCAGAAUGUCACCACACAUCUGAUUCGCCAUGCUCUGGGGGGAACUGACGACGGAAUUGACCACAGCAAACUGGCCACCAUGCUUACACUACCUGAGGAGAUUGUACGUCUAUAUCGUGAUGAUAUUACCAUUACCGUCAUCUUCUUCAACACCGACCACAUUGCAAGCUUGGAAUGAGCUAUCAGUAGGAACUGUUGUGAUUUUGAUGUUUAAGA